AUGUUAUUCCUCAGUGCCUUAGCAAUCGGAGUGAUAACAAGCCUUCAGAAUGGUACGGUGGAGCUAACGGCGACGGACAGUGACAUAGCAUCAACGACGACAGAUAUGGGCUUGAUAGAGACCUCGAGGGUACCUGAUAGCGGUGAUUUUGUGAACGUGACCAUUCAAGAACGGCCCUCGAUGUGGGACUUGUAUUUGAACCACUGCCCGCGUUGGAGGCCCAUAAACCAUAUAUUUUUUCAAGUAUCAAAUGUGUUCUUCUUGCUCUCAUUUUUGGCACCCCACACUCCUAGUGGUCUCAUUUGGCUACGUGUUGCCCUUAUCCUAGGCUGCACCUUCUCUGGCCUGUGGGCUUGGAGUAUAGAGUGCUAUUUGGAUGCUGUGCUGUGGAAUAGUGCUUUUAUCAUUAUUAAUUUUGUGUACUUUGCUGUUCAGUUUUAUUUGAUGAGGCCUAUCAAGUUUCACAAGGAGAUUGAAGAGGUAUACGUAGCCCUCUUCAAGCCACUUCGGGUGUCGCGGAGGCAGUUUCGACGUGUUCUGAUGUGCAUGCGCAAUGUCAGGCAUCUCAAGUGUCAUGAGCUAUACGCCCAUGAGAAAGUCACGAAGGUGGACAGUCUGUCACUCGUUCUGAGUGGAAAGUAA